AUGGCCUUCAAUCCUUUCUUGAGUAUGAAUGAACCAGCUGCUCCGGUUGCUGCUGAUGUCCUCAAUCCAUUUAUGAUGUCUGAAGCAGAACCUGAUACCUUUACCGCAGAGAAUCCGUUUGCUGCUAGCAAUCCAUUUUCAGAUUUUGGUAGCGGUUAUGAACCUCCCGCUGGCGAUACCGUUCCUAUUGACAUAUUUGGGACUGCUGAUCCUCCAGGAAUGAGUGCUAAGCAGUUUGACGAGUUUACUACACAAUCUACUGCUGCUUUUGAUAUUUUUGGAGCACAAUCGAUACCCGCCAACGGUGAACGUUUACCAAAACCUACUGAGUUAGAUUUAAUAACAACUUCUACAGACGAUAUAUACGCUAAUGAAGACGAUUCUCAAGGAUCCCAGCAAAUAUCGCGGCCUCUUCCACCUGAAACGCAAGAUUUGAUAUUAAGUGUUACGGGACAAAUGGAAUUUACGAGUUCUCAUUUGUUGGAUCGUAUUCCACCUACUCGCACUCCAAGCCCCGUGUCUGUAAGAGAUAUUCAUUCACCGUGUCCUACACCUGAGCCAGAGACCUUGGAAGAACCGGUGGUUACAGAGACUUUUGACAUUAACUGUAAUAAGCCGGCACGACCACCUCCUGCUCGACCACCGCCUGCUACGCGUCCUCCACCACCUAGACCCGCACCUCCACCUGUACCUCCAGCACCAAGGCCAGUAGCACCAGUUCAGCAACAGCCACAAGAUGAUAUAAACUUAUUCGACGCUCCGGCACCUACAGUUGUGAAACCGACAAAAGAAGCUAUUUUAAGUUUAUAUUCUACACCCAAACAAGAAGAAAAACAAGUAGACUUCUUGAGUGAUGAUUUUUUGGCUGAUAUUCCGCCAGCUGACAAACCUAACGAAGUACAACCAAAAGUGAUCAACACGAAUAGUUCCCAGAAUAUAAGCGAAGCUGUCGUACCAUCUUCCACUCCUCAUGCUUUCGACAGUAUUUCAGAAGACACAUCUUCCACAAAAGCUGGAAAUCCGAUUAUGGAUGUCGUUUCUCCCAUGGAUUGUUCGGAACCUCCAUCCGCUACGAAUAAUGUAGAGAUUAACUCUUCUCCGUUUGCGGAUGUGGUUAGUGACGACAAUACACGACAUGAGAAUGGGAAUGAAAAAAAUCCGUUUGAAAACAUCGAGGUUGCAGAUACUACGAGUGGCUUCAUGGAUACCAGCAGUAACAUAUUUGGUAUAACAAAUGCUGAUACCACUAUGGCUAGUUCUGAACCGGCGGAUACAGCACCGGUAGACAUGUUUUCAGUAGGACCCGAAGAUAAAAUGACACCGUCAGAAACCUUCGCUUCCGUGACGGCUGAUCCGUUUGGACAAACACAGUCAGUGCCUGCGACCGAUCCAUUUGCGGAUUCACAGAUGGAACAACAGGUCGAUUCGGGUUGGGGCGAGCCUGUGGCAGAUGCGACGAUGCACGACGCAUUUCCAGAAUCUCAAGACGUGUUUGACGCUUUUUCUGCAAAAUUUGAUUCUACAUCGGCUAAUCAUAUAAAUACAGGUGCCUGGGGUGAGGAAGGAGGCGUAUCAGCUACGGGUGACGGGUUCGAGGCGGAGGCAUUCGACCCAUUCUUGAGCAUGGGCGCGCCGCCUCCGCCCGCUGCAACUCCACGUCUCGAUCAUCAAGGGUCCAGAGACUCCGCUGACGAUUCUUUCUCAGUAUUCAUAAGGCCGAAGGAGAGCGAGCCGAGUGGCGGUGAGACGGCAGUGCCAGCCCUCGCACCUCCGCCGCGGCCUCAGGCGCUACCAGAGUCGCCACGAGCUAAUCCCUUCGACAAGAGCGGCUUCGAACACCCACCGGAACAACACUACCAAGAAGAGCGCCGACACAGCGGUAGCGGUGGAGAAACCCCACCGACCCCACUCUUCGACGACGAUGUGUCCAUGCCGCUAGAAGACUUCCCUCGUACCACGUAUAAGGGUCCCGGUUGGGAAAUGCAGCUCAGACAGCCCAAUAAAAAGAAAAUCACUGGCCAGAGGUUCUGGAAGUCGGUGUUUGUGAGGUUGACGUACCAGGGCGACAACCCUGCGGUGCAGCUGUUCAACUCCGCGUCUGACAAGGAACCCUUCCAGGAGCUGCCGCUGCAGGCGUGCUACUCCGUGUCUGAGAUCGGCGCACAACAAUACGACCAAUACGGAAAGAUUUUCACCGUGAAACUUCAGUACGUUUUCUACAAGGAACGUCCGGGCGUCAGACCUGGACAAGUGACGAAAGCAGAGCGCAUCACGAAUAAAUUGUCUCAGUUCGCGGCGUAUGCUAUCCAGGGUGACUAUCAGGGCGUCAAAGAGUUCGGUAGCGACCUCCGAAAGCUGGGCCUGCCCGUCGAACACGCUCCACAGGUCUCCCAGCUAUUCAAGCUGGGAUCGCUCAACUACGAGGACGUGAAGCAGUUCUCGUGCUGUGUAGAGGAGUCGCUGUUCCGUCUGUCGGCGCACCGCGACCGCGCGCUCACCUACAAGAUGGAGGAGGUACAAAUCACGGCGGUGGACGAGUUGUACGUGGAGCAGGACGCGGAAGGAUGCGUGCUGAAACAAAUAGCACGAGUGCGACUGUUCUUUCUUGGCUUCCUCAGUGGUAUGCCGGAUGUGGAGCUGGGCGUGAACGAUCUGCGGCGUCAGGGGCGCGAGGUGGUGGGCCGUCACGACAUCAUCCCCGUCGUCACCGAGGAGUGGAUCCGCGUCGAAGACGUCGCCUUCCACGCCUGCGUGCAGCCGGAGGAGUUUCACAACACGCAGAUCAUCAAGUUCAAGCCCCCGGACGCUUGCUACAUAGAGUUGAUGCGGUUCCGCGUGCGACCGCCCAAGAACCGCGAGCUGCCGCUGCAACUGAAAGCCGUCUGGUGCGUCACCGGGAACAAGGUGGAGUUAAGGGCGGAUGUGCUGGUGCCAGGGUUCGCGUCGCGCAAGUUGGGUCAAGUCCCGUGCGAGGACGUCUCCAUCCGCUUCCCCAUUCCCGAGUGCUGGAUCUACCUGUUCCGGGUAGAGAAACACUUCAGAUAUGGAUCAGUCAAGUCCGCGCACAGACGCACGGGCAAGAUCAAGGGUAUCGAGCGGUUCCUGGGCGCCGUGGACACGCUGCAGGAGUCGCUGAUCGAGGUGACGUCGGGCCAGGCCAAGUACGAGCACCAGCACCGCGCCAUCGUGUGGCGCAUGCCGCGCCUGCCCAAGGAGGGGCAAGGCGCGUACACGACGCACAACCUGGUGUGCCGCAUGGCGCUGACGUCAUACGACCAGGUGCCCGCGGAGCUGGCGCGGUGGGCGCGCGUGGAGUUCACGAUGCCCGCCACGCAGGUGUCGCACACCACCGUGCGCUCCGUCUCGCUGCAGAACCACGACAGCGACCCGCCGGAGAAGUACGUGCGCUACCUCGCGCGGCACGAGUACCUGGUGGGCAUAGAGCGCACGAGCGGCGUGUCGGCGCCGGCGUACGAGAGCGCGGCCGCGGUGCCCCCGCCCUGCGCCCCCGCGCCCGCGCCCGCCCCCGCCCCCGCGCCCGCCGCGCCCUCCUCCGACUCGGACUCCGACUAA